AUGUCAAGUCAGACAUCACAGAAAUGGACAGACGUUUUUGUGUCAGGAGAUUUUGAACAAUUCUGUGGCGAGAAUAGAGGUGGAAGCCGUGGCGAUGAAUUCUAUGAUAUUUUUCCUGAGCUUGAAUUAGAAGCCAAAACAUUUGCACUUGGACCUUGUGUAAGGAAGUCAGCCGAUUUCACUGCUUUGGAUUUGGUCGUUUUUGUUGAUCAGAAGUACUACGAAGUAACUGAUACAAUUAAAGAUAACAACGCUAAUCUUGUUCGAUCUCAACAGUCGUGUCGUUUGAACCUUCAUCGAUGGGGAGCUCGUUUUGAAUCAAAUUCGCAACGGCCCUACUUUGAAGGGCACGAACGAGUAGAUGUAGUUCAGGAUCGCCAAAGCUUCAUCCAGUACUUUAUUGAUCGAAAAGAUCAUUAUUAUACCAUACCAGACGAUGAAAAACCAUUGUGGAAAAUGCCAAAACAAAAUCCACCAUGUGUUUUAUUGUAUAAAGGAGGUGUCUUAUGCAAAAAUUAA